AAGUGUCCGGACUGGAAGGGGGUGAAAGUGUCCGGACUGGAAGGGGGUGAAAGUGUCUGGACUGGAAGGAGGGGAAAGUGUCCGGACUGGAAGGGGGGUGAAAGUGUCCGGACUGGAAGGGGGGUUAAAGUGUCCGGACUGGAAGGGGGGAAAGUGUCCGGACUGGAAGGGGGUGAAAGUGUCCGGACUGGAAGGGGGGGAAAG